GCUUGUUUUCAACGAUCUCCUAAUGGAGUCAAUAUGCGAAGAAGGAGGCGAGACGGAUCUGGAGAAGGGCAUGGGCCUGGGCCUGAAUGCCGGCACUCUCUCCGAACCGCCAACUCCGAAGACGCCAACUUUGGUUUUAUCCGGUUCCGGUAAGGCUCUGCUGGUUUCCAAUUCCAGUAAGUCCCUCAUUGUAUCGAAUUCCGGCAAGCGGAUCGAUAAGAAGAAGUUCGUGAAGCAGGUGACCGGUCGCCACAACGACACGGAGCUCCACUUGGCUGCGCAACGAGGCGAUUUGGCCGCCGUGAAGCAGAUUCUCGGAGAAAUCGAUUCGCAGAUGGUGGGGACUCUGAGCGGCGCGGAGUUUGAUGCCGAGGUGCUGAAUAUAAGGUCGGCGAUCGUGAAUGAGGUGAACGAGUUGGGAGAGACGGCCCUGUUUUCUGCCGCCGAGAAGGGGCAUCUUAAUGUGGUGAAGGAGCUGCUGCAGUAUACAACUGAGGAGGGCAUUUUGUUGAAGAAUCGUUCUGGGUUUGAUCCACUGCACAUUGCUGCAAGUCAAGGUCACCAAGCCAUUGUCCAGGUGCUAUUAGACCAUGACCCCAGGCUAAGCAAAACAUUUGGACAGUCAAAUGCAACCCCUCUGAUAUCUGCUGCCACACGGGGACAUACAGCAGUAGUUAAUGAAUUGCUGUCAACAGAUUCUAGCUUGCUGGAGAUAUCAAGAUCCAAUGGGAAGAAUGCAUUACAUUUAGCUGCCCGACAGGGGCAUGUAGACGUGGUAAAAGCAUUGCUUGACAAGGAUCCACAAUUAGCUCGAAGGACAGAUAAGAAAGGGCAGACCGCUCUGCAUAUGGCUGUGAAAGGGGUUAGCUGUGACGUGGUGAGGUUGCUUCUUGAGGCAGAUGCAGCUAUUGUCAUGCUCCCAGACAAGUUUGGCAAUACUGCGUUACAUGUAGCCACCAGGAAAAAGCGUGCAGAGAUAGUGAAUGAGCUGUUACUGCUUCCUGACACUAAUGUGAAUGCCUUAACAAGAGACCAUAAAACAGCCUUUGACAUAGCUGAAGGACUCCCCUUCUCAGAAGAAGCCUCAGAAAUCAAAGAGUGCUUGGCUGGUUAUGGUGCUGUUAGAGCAAAUGAACUUAACCAGCCACGAGAUGAGCUUAGAAAAACUGUCACAGAAAUUAAAAAAGAUGUACACAUACAGCUUGAACAAACCCGCAAAACCAACAGGAACAUGAAUGGAAUUGCCAACGAGCUCCGUAAGCUUCACAGAGAAGGAAUCAACAACGCCACCAACUCAGUCACGGUGGUUGCUGUGCUCUUUGCCACCGUUGCAUUUGCAGCAAUUUUUACUGUUCCUGGUGGUGAUGAGGAUAGUGGGAAGGCUGUGACAGCGAGCAGUCCAUCAUUCAAGAUCUUCUUCAUCUUUAAUGCUAUCGCGCUCUUCACGUCAUUGGCGGUCGUGGUGGUACAAAUCACACUUGUCAGAGGGGAGAUGAAGUCCGAGAGGCAGGUUGUGGAGGUGAUCAAUAAGCUGAUGUGGUUGGCCUCUGUUUGCACCACAGUUGCAUUUAUCUCUUCCUCUUACAUAGUGGUUGGUCGACAUAACCGGUGGGCUGCAAUUCUUAUUACAGUUAUAGGGGCAGUCACUAUGGCAGGAGUACUUGGAACCAUGACAUUUUACGUGGUUAGGUCCAAACGGACUCGUAGAGUGAGGAAGAGAGAGUUGUCAAGGUGUCGAACCAACUCAUGGCAUGACUCUGAGUCUGAUACAGAAGUAAACCCAAUUUAUGCCAUUUGAUAUUAAGCCUGGUUUUGACUUUUGACAUAUCAAGAGAAGAGAAAAGAAAGAGAGCAGUUUAUGCAAGAAGAGGUUUCAUGCUGUUGAUACAAAAUCUCAGGAUAAGAAUGUUGUCGCAUAUGGAUAUGGCUUUCUUGGAAGCAGAGGAAUCUUUGUUUGGAGCAAAACUAGUCAGUAAUCCCGAAUCUUUAGAGGAAACAAUUGAGAAUAUGAUGUGGUUAUUGUAUGAUAUACUUGAUUGAUGAUAUGAAUUAUGGUAUCCCAAUUGAGAUAACAUAGCGUUUGGUUAUUUGUAGAUCCAAUUUUUUAUUGCGAAUCUACUCAUUCU